AUGCUGCCCUGGAAGAGGCACAAAUUCGAGCUGCUGGCCGCGGAUCCGCCGUCGGGGAAGGCCAAGGACUACUGCCAGGCGGGCGCCGGGAGCCUGCCCUGCUCCGCCGCCCUGGGCUCGCUGUCCCGCGCCUGCCCGGCCGAGAGCGCCCUCUCCAAAAUGGGCAGCCUGUUCCGCUCCAAGCGCAAGAAGUUCCGCGUGAGCAACGAGGCGCCCACCUACACGGCGCUCUACCUGGGCAACGCCACCACGCUGCAGGCCAAGGGCGAGGGCUGCACCGACGCGGCGGUGGCCAAGAUCUGGGCCAAGAGCGAGGCCGGCCGCCACGGCACCAAGAUGAAGCUGACCAUCGGGCCGCAGGGCAUCCGCCUGGCGCCCGCCGUGCCGGCCGAGGCCGCCUCCCGCCCGGGCCACCUUUACCUGCUGCACCGCGUCACCUACUGCGUGGCGGACCCGCGCCUCCCGCGCCUCUUCGCCUGGAUCUACCGCCACGAGGUAAAGCACAAGGCGGUGCUGCUCCGCUGCCACGCCGUGCUGGUCUCCAAGGCGGAGAAGGCCCGCGCCAUGGCGCUGCUGCUGUACCAGACGUCGGCGGCGGCGCUGGCCGAGUUCCGCCGCCUCAAGAAGCGCGCCGACGCGCGGCACCAGCAGCUGCAGCAGGUGGGCCCCGGGGCCGACGGCGCCAUCCCGCUGGUGCCGCUCCGCAAGCUGCUCCUGCACGGGCCGGGCGGCUGCUACAAGCCGCCCGUCGAGCGAAGCCGCAGCGCGCCCAAACUGGGCUCCAUCACCGAGGACUCGCUGGGCGAGGAACUGGAGGAGCGCGCCGCGGGGCCGGGCUGCGCCAACGGCGGCCGGGACGAGGACUGCGACGGCGGCGACGACGAGGAGCUGCUGGCCCCGCUGGAGGAGGACGGGGACGGGGACGGGGACGGGGAGGGCGCGGCGCCCGCGGCGGCGUCCAGCCUGGGGCAGCUCAUCUGCGGACUGGGCGAGCUGGCCAUCGGCAACGACGUAGCGCUUCUCCGCGCCGACCUGCGCGUCACCCGCCUGCUCUCCGGGGAGAGCACCGGCAGCGAGUCCUCCAUCGAGAGCAACGGACACGAGACCGCCGGCGGCGCCGGGAGCUCCUCACCCCCGCCGCCCGUGCGAUGCUGCCACAGCCCGGAGCCCGACUGCGGCUGA